UCACGUGACCGCGGGCGGGCGGGGCCGGGAGCCGCCGCCAUGCACUGCCCGGGGCAGGUCUGCUGGGCGCUACUGCUAGCCCUGGGGCUCUGCGGCGCACAGCGGGCGCGCCCCCGGAACGUGCUGUUGAUCCUCGCGGACGACGCGGGCUUUGAGAGCGGCGUCUACAACAACAGCGCCAUCGCCACCCCGCACCUGGACGCCUUGGCCCGCCGCAGCCUGGUCUUCCGCAACGCCUUCACGUCCGUCAGCAGCUGCUCUCCCAGCCGCGCCAGCCUCCUCACGGGCCUGCCCCAGCACCAGAAUGGCAUGUACGGCCUGCACCAGGACGUCCACCACUUCAGUGCCUUCGACGGGGUGCGGAGCCUGCCGCUGCUGCUCCGCGGGGCUGCCGUCCGCACAGGCAUCAUCGGGAAGAAGCACGUGGGGCCAGAGGCCGUGUUCCCGUUCGACUUCGCACACACGGAAGAGAACGACUCGGUGCUCCAGGUGGGGCGCAACAUCACGAGGAUCAAGCUGCUGGUCCGGGAGUUCCUGCAGACUGGGGAUCACAGGCCCUUCUUCCUGUACGUGGCCUUCCACGACCCCCACCGUUGUGGGCACUCCCAGCCCCAGUACGGGGCCUUCUGCGAGAAGUUCGGCAACGGGGAGCGUGGCAUGGGGCGGAUCCCGGACUGGACCCCACAGGUGUACGCCCCCGAGGAUGUGCAGGUGCCUUACUUCGUCCCGGACACCCCGGCAGCUCGGGCUGACCUGGCCGCGCAGUAUACCACCAUCGGCCGGAUGGACCAAGGGAUCGGACUGGUGCUCCGGGAGCUGCGGGGCGCCGGCGUCCUGAAUCAAACGCUGGUGAUCUUCACGUCCGACAACGGGAUCCCCUUCCCCAGCGGCAGGACCAACCUGUACUGGCCGGGCUCUGCGGAGCCCCUGCUGGUGUCGUCCCCGGAGCACCCCAAGCGCUGGGGCCAGGUCAGCGAGGCCUACGUGAGCCUCCUAGACCUCACGCCCACCGUCCUGGACUGGUUCUCCAUCCCCUACCCCCGCUACGCCCUCUUUGGCUCGAAGACUGUGCAGCUCACCGGCCGGUCCCUCCUGCCGGCGCUGGAGGCGGAGCCACCCUGGACCACGGUCUUCGGCAGCCAGAGCCUCCACGAGGUCACCAUGGCCUACCCCAUGCGCUCCGUGCAGCGCGGGGCCCUCCGCCUGGUGCACAACCUGCAUUUCCAGAUGCCCUUCCCCGUCGACCAGGACCUGUACGUCUCGCCCACCUUCCAGGACCUGCUCAACCGCACCGCGGCCGGCCGGCCCACCGGCUGGUACAAGGACCUCCGCCACUACUACUACCGGGAGCGCUGGGAGCUCUAUGACCGCGGCCGGGACCCGCGGGAGACCCAGAACCUGGCCGCCGACCCGCGCUACGCCCAGGUGCUGGAGCUGCUGCGCGGCCAGCUGGCCAAGUGGCAGUGGGAGACACACGACCCCUGGGUGUGCGCCCCGGGCGGGGUGCUGGAGGAGAAGCUCGUGCCCCAGUGCCGGCCGCUGCACAACGGGCUGUGAGGCCCGGCGCGGGCGCCCCCCACCCCCAGACCCGUCCUCGCGCCCCCGCCGGGACCACCGCCUGCCCCACACCGUCGGAGGGGCGCCGGCCUCAUUCCCGCCCCUGGCUGCGGGGGUGUGGAUUGCGUGCGCCCCGGCCCCCCACCUGAGGUGAGGGGCAUCGCUGUCGCUGUCCUUGUGUCUGGGCCGUGUGGCCACACGGGAAUUCCGGGAGGACCUGGGCCGGGGUUCCCCAGCCCACACAGGUGAGGGCGGUCUGGGCAAAGGGGCUUGUUUUCCGGGUGGGGACCCAGGACUUGAGACCCUCCCUGUCCUCUGGAAGCCACAGAUCUCCCCGUGCCCCUCCUGGGACAGGAGACAGGUCCCUGUGUGCCCCGUGGGUGCCAGGCGGGUCCCCUCUGCACGGGGACGCAGCCCCUGGACUUCAUCCACCAACCUCCGGUCUGGAGGCCUGGAGACGGAACUCGGUCAGGCUCCCGCCUCCGGGCCGCGUCCCACUAGGCCGCCCACUGCCGAUGGGCUCCCGAGUGAUGGCUUUGGUCCUUCCGUUCUGCGGUCUCCGUCCUUCUAAGUGUCCGAGGGCACGCCCAUCUUCGGGCUGGCUCCUCCCGUGUGGGGCACGCCGGGUCUGGCCCAGGCACAGCUCCUGGGGGUCUCCCGACCCGCUCUGCCACCGCCUACCCCCCGAGGGGCAGCAGCUCUGCCUGGGAAACCCCUUUCUCCCCCGUGGGGGCUCUUGUGGCCCUUCCCACCCCAUCGGCUGCCCCCUGGGGGCACAGGGAGAGAACCACGGGCCACAACACUG